GAUGAAAAAAAUAAAGAUAUUGUAGAGAAUGGGCAAUUAAUUGACAUAAAAUUAACAAUUUUCAAAUAGAAUUCAUAUUUACAGAAACAUGAUGGGCAUUUAUAAAGAUGAAGAGGAUGAUGGUAAUGAAGAAGAAGAGAAUCAGAUGAUUAAGAUUUAGAGAAGGAAAUGUAUGUUAGAUUCAUCAAAUUUUUUUUUACUUUAAUUAAAGUUAGAUAAUACAGAUCUCUUGGAAUAUUAUUGAGAAUAAUGU